AUGUGGGCGUUAUUCAGUUUGCUUUUCUCAUUCGUGAUCAUCCUCGUCUCCCCUCAGCCUCAACAACCUCAACAACCGCUCCUCGCCGCGGGAAGGUCUUUUUUAAUGCCUGAUGAUACAUGGCGUCGCGAGGCGAUCAAAACGCUGUGGGAGGAGCGGCAGAAGAUGAUCUACACUCCACUCUUCAAGUUUAACUAUCCCGGAUUGCCGACAGUAGAUUUGAUCUUUAAAAAUGAGACCGCAUCAAGAACGGAGACACUUAAACAUCGAUACGCGUGGGCGCUAAUGAUGUGGGCGCUCGUUGAAGGGCAUAUUGGACCAAACACAACUGUUUACGAGGCCUCUUCUGGGAACACAGCUGCCUCAUUAGCUUUCAUGUGUCAACUUGUGAAAGUACGCUUUAUUGCUGUUUGUCCUGAUACGCUGGAGGACAAGAAAUUUGCGCACAUCACUAAAUAUGGAGCGAACAUUCAGAAAGCUCCAAAUGCAAAGAGAUGGAAUGUGGCUCAGGAAAUGGCAGCCAGCUCGAACGGUUUCUUCAUGAAUCAAUUCGGAAACGCUGACAAAGCUGAAGAGUUUCAUGAGAGUGGCACGUAUUCCCUUGAAUCGGUGAAUGUUUUUCAUGAAUUUCUCGCUCAACUCGACGCCGACCCGAAUCAACUCGUUAAACAACCCGACUAUUUUAUAAUGCCCGUUGGAACAGGUGGAACACUCUCAUCGGUUGGAAAAUACGUAAAAAAGUAUGGAAUCGCGACGAGAAUUAUUUUUGCCGACACACAGUACAGUUUGAUGGGCGAUUAUGCGUUUAGCGGCAGAUUCUCAAAUGUUUCUGGACAAAAUUUUGUGAUUUCACCAGGGAUGGCUGGUAUUGGAACCCUGCCCACUGGAAUCGCUGUUAAAGGGAAAACGACAAGUCUCGAUCGUGGUGUGAUCGAUCGUGUGAUGAAAAUCCCGGAUAUGGCCUCCACAGCAGCUAUGGGAGUGUUGCAGAGAUUGGGUAUCAAUGGCGGCACAUCGUCGGGUGUCAAUUUCGUUGCCAUGCUGAGUAUUGCGGCAAAUGAAGCCUCAAAAGAUCCUCAUCCCCGUUUGACCCUUUCAACUCUAUUGGCCGAUCCGGGCACUUUCUACACAGCCUCCUAUCUAAACCGAACGUGGAUCAAUGAAGAAAUGGCAGCGCAUGGGGGAUUGCUGGCAUACGAUUGUUGGCGGGACGUGCUUGAGAAUAUCCUUCAAGUUGGCGGUGAUCCCCUAGUGAUCGGUAUUCAGCGUUGCCAAUCAGCAGCGAUCUUC